CCACAAACAAGCCAGUUCCUGUCACCAUCGACCUGAUAAAAUCUCACAUCAUAGUGGAUUCAGUUCUUCUUGGAGAAGUGACAAAUAACAUUCUACAUGGAAUCAGCACUGCGACAGGGGGCUGCUGUUUCAAACCAGAGACAAGCAAAGAUGGUCUCAAGCUUUUUGAGAUUGAGACUGUCCUUUCUUUGGAGAUGAGGAAACCCAAAUGCAAAGCUGAUCCUUCCUCCAUCACUGAAGAUCUUUUGAAAGGGUUCUUUGCUACUCAUGGAUAUGAUAAAUCUCCAGAAGCCAUCUUACCAAGCCAGAUGGACAGUCAAGUUACAGUGACACAGAUUGUUUUGAAAAAGAAAAUCCAGGAGGCUAAAGAUGGGCGAUUCAUGGAGAAGGACAGACGUAUCUUGGAGGAGCUGAAGAGUCUACACUGUGACCCUCAUCCCUACUUCUCUAUCUUUCCAUCUGAAUCUGACUUUACAUUCUGGAAGAUUCUCAUGGAGGGUCCUCCUGACACUCCUUAUGCGAAAGGAGUCUUUGAGCUGUUCUGCCAGUUUGGCAACGACUACCCAGUGAAGCCUCCGACUGUUCGCUUUGUCACACGUAUCUACCACUGCAACAUUAACAGCGUGGGCCGCAUCUGCCACAACAUAUUUGACCGGAACUACAAUGCCCAAAUCACCAUGAGAGAUAUCCUUGAAGCUGUGUUUGGACUGCUGAUCGCUCCUGAGCCUGAAGAUCCACUGGACAGCAUUCUGGCCGAGGAAUACCUGACCAGUCAUGAGAAAUAUGAACAAGAGGCCAAAAAGCAAACUGAAGAAACUGCUGGAGAAUCACUGGAUGCUAAGGAGAAGAAACUGGUGAUGCCUGUGCCACAGUUUAUCCCCCCACAUCUCAUCUGUCCUCUCACCAAGAAGAUAUUUGUUGUACCAGUAAUAACAAAAUAUGGGACAGUAUAUGAACAGAAGGCUGUCCACAAACACCUGACAAUGUUCAGAUAUGAUCCACUGGAUCCAAAGAUGCUGCUAAGAAGAACUGAUCUUAAGCUAGACUGUGACAUGAAGGAAAUGGUGAAGAAAUUCCGCUCUCGUCAAAUUCUGGAAAUCAGUGUGUAACAAAUCACUGGAGCUUGGUACUGUUGACAUGGUGUAAACACAUCACUGACAAUUCAGAAACAUUGCACUUCGUGCACAUUAUCAAUUUAAUAUCACAUUAUAAAAUCAAAAUUUCAUGUUUAUGUAUUCAGAAUGUUAAAUGUAUUUCUUUACUUCUAUUACUAAUAGAUCAAUAUUAUAGUUUAGUUUAAAAUACAAGAAAGAUCGAAGACUUGUUAUGAAUCUCUAUCUAGUCAUGUUCUUCUAGCUCAUCAUAAAGAUGCACCAGUUUCAUAAACUUACUGCUUUCCUAUUUUUUUUAUUCCAAUGAACCAGAUUAACAUUUUAUCUUUAUAAUAAUGGUUGCUUUGUUAUGAAUGGCCACUGAUAGUGAUUUUAGUGUAGCAGACCAUAAUGUAUGUAUCUGGGGUUAGAAGCUUCUCUGUUGCAUUUUUAAAUAAGGAGACAUUUACAAUUUACUGUUGGUGUUGGGAUAAAAAAAAAAGCAGACAGAGCAUCAGUUUGAUACUUUUAAUAUGAUUUUUAUGCAUCAAAAAAGGCUAAGUUUGGUCACUGGCUGAACAGGGAUAAAUUCUUACUGAACACCAGAUAACUGUACCUAUGUUAACCUAAUCACAGGAACUCUCUUUCUUUAAUAAUGAGUGGAUGUUUUGUUGCUUUCUUUUUGUUUCCUACAUUUGGACCUUUUUUUUUUUUUAAGUCAUGCAUGUCGUUUGUCAAAUUAAAGGGUUUCAUGCAUGCAGUGUAUUCAGUGUUGGUUAUUACUGUACAUAUCCAUCAGAGAGGUGCCUAUUUGCGAAGAAACA